AUGGAUAACAGAGUUGGAGUUGAAGAAUUUGUUGAAGCUAAUUCUAAUACAACACGACUACAAAGAUUAUGUGAACAUUUUCGAAAGAGAAAAUUAAUGUGGAUAAUAUCGUCCAUUAUUUUAAUUGUUGUAAUUAUAGUUAUUCCAACAACUAUUGUUACAGGAAAUAAAAAUAAAGAAAAAAAACCAUCAACAACUACAACAGAGAUAACAACAGCAAUAACAACAUUUACAACAACAGCCGAGAUAACAACAACAAUGACAACAGAGAGUGGACAAAUGCUUUCUUCUGUUAUCAUUGAUAACAAGACAAAAUGGUACCAGAAUGCAUCUACUGUUGCUGGAGGAAAUGGAUGGGGAAGUGCAUUAAAUCAAUUAGGUUAUCCUGCUGGUUUUUAUAUUGAUGACGAUGAUGAAAGUAUUUAUAUUGCUGACGGUUUCAAUGCUCGUAUUGUUAGAUGGGAAUUUGGUGCAAAGGAGGGUGAAAUCGUUGCAGGUGGAAAUGGAUUAGGGCAAUUAGGUCUUGUAACAGAUGUAAUUCUUGAUAAAGAGAAGAAGUAUCUCUUCAUUUGUGAACAAAUCCGCAAACGAGUGAUUAGAUGGUCUCGUCAUAAUACUCACGAUUACCAAAUAUGGAUAUCCGAUAUUUAUUGCUGGGGUUUAACAAUGGAUGAUAAUGGAGAUCUUUAUGUUACUGACGGAGACAACUUUGAAGUGAGACGUUUUCAAGAAGGAGAUAAAAUAGGUAAAGUUGUCGCCGGCGGAAAUGGAGAAGGAAAUCAAUUGAAUCAACUCAAUGGACCUAGUUUUAUUUUCGUCGAUAAAUAUCAUACAGUUUACGUAGUGGAUAAUGGGAAUAAUCGUGUGAUGAAAUGGAAGGAGAAUGCGAUCGAAGGUAUUCUUGUUGCUCCAGGACAAGUUUCGGAUAAAAAUCCCAGUUCAAUGUCUCAACCCAUAGGUGUGGUUGUUGAUCAUAUAGGUAAUAUUUAUGUGUCGUCAUUUACGAUUCAUCAAAUAAUGCGUUGGUCGCCAGGUGCAAUAGAAGGUACUCCUGUCGUUGGUGAAGAACUACCUGGAGAGGGAUCUACAUAUCUCAUAGAUGCAGGUGAUAUAUCAUUUGAUCGACACGGUAAUCUUUAUGUUAUCGAUAUAAAAAACCAUCGAAUACAAAAAUUUACUAUUGAUCUUGACUGA